GGGCGAUAGAGAGAGGAGAUAUAGUGAGAGAAAGAGAGAGAAGAGCUGUCACACAUUUUAGCCCAAAGGACAAUAAGAAUUCUUGCUUUUGAUUGAUUCUGUUUAUUUGAGCAUAUUGCCAUAGUGAUGUGGGGCUCCAAGCCCAAGUGGCUUCUUCUAGUCCUCUUCCUGCUGUCGGACAAAGUUCAUACCCAAGCUCCACCCACUCCUAGCCUCAAGAACAGCCAUGGGCCAAUCACCUCUGGUCUCGGUGUGUCUCCACUCCCAUCACUUUUGCCAUUGAUGACCAUAAACCAGGAGACAGAACAGGAACCAAAGGAGAAGAUCAGAGGAGAACCCAACACGGACUCUGCACACCACCUUAUUUCUGCCCUCAAGGCCUCUCUACAUGGUCAGGUACACCUCCAUGGAAAUUUGAGCUGUGCAGAGCUGGUUGCAGCACCAUGGAUUGGAGAAGGCUUUGCACAGGUGUUGCUGGGCCUGGUUAUUGUGCCUGUGCUGGUGUCUGGAGGAUGUGUAUUCGAAGCCCAGUUACUGGUUGUGAAGCUCUAUGCACUACUCGGAGAAGAUGACACGCAAGCGCUUCUGGAGGAUGUAGUUGCGCUAAUGAGGCGUGGCAGAGAGAUGCCUCUCCACAUUUCCUCCACACCGCCCACUCUGAGAGCGCAGUCACACCGCCACCUGCAGGCAGUAAUGUUUAACAUCCAUCAGCUUGUGAAGGCAGGUCAGAAGGUGGGUGUAUUGUUGAACUCUGGGCAGGAGAAAUAUUGCCAAGGCUGGCUGAGGGUGAAGGGUGCACAUUUACUGGGAUUGAUGGCCAAUCAUGGUGAACACCUGUACCUGAAAGAGGCCAAGAAGGUUUGUAAAAGGCUUGGGCAUGACUGUGCAGGUGUGAUUCAUGAAGGUAAGCGGUACCUUGUCAUCCUGAGGUCCGGCAGCCGGAUAGUGCCCUUGGCUUCUCCUGGCCAAUCAGAGAGCUGGAUUCAGCAGUGUGGGGUGGGAUCUGUGCGCUGGCGUAGAAAUGCAGCACCUCAGUACGACUGUAAGAAUGAAAAGGAGAAACGUGUGCAUAAUGUAGUAGAGUGGAUCCCUGCAGUGUCCACGCUCUAUAACCUGGGCACAGCUGUUUACUAUGCAUCUGUUAACUGUUCAAGCACAGCAAAAGAGAGAGCCAUCCUCACUGCUGUGGAUCUGGGCACUGAUGCCCUCAUGGCUACUACUGGAGGCACUGCUGGUGUGGCUGUAUAUGCCCUGGGGUCAGGGCUUAAAACUGGUGUGAAGGUGGGAUUAAAAUACUUGCUAAACAGCAUGAACCAAGAACAUGACUUGCUAAUGAACCAGAACAGUUGGGAGAAUGGAACAAUCACCAGCAAGUAAAAUAAAUAAAUAAAUAAAUAAAUAGAU